UAAGGAGCAUGAUAUAACGCAAGAAUUAAAUGAUCUGAAAACUAAAACUUUAUUCAUCAUGAAAUUAGUUCUGCUCAUUUCGUGUGUGUUAGCAUCGGUAUUAGCUGAGGAAGCUCCUGAAUAUAUCCAACUAAGUCCUGAGGAAACUGAAAUUGCCCGAAGAGCUCUUCAAAAUCCUGAUUUGUAUGAUGGGGACAUGGCUGGAAUUAACCCUAAGGAUCCCGGGGAGAGAAGUGCUAUUGUAGGCAACAAUUUCAGAUGGCCAGGAGGAGUCGUUCCAUACGUCAUUGACCGAUCUCUUGGAAAUGCCGCAAACUUGAUCCAACAAGGAAUUGCUGACUAUCACAGAAAUACCUGUCUUAAAUUCAAGCAAAGAACAAAUGAGAACAACUUCAUCAGAAUAUUUGCUGGACAAGGGUGCUACUCUCACAUUGGAAGAACUGGUGGUGCCCAACCCCUUUCUCUAGGUCAAGGUUGCUUGUAUGUUGGCACAGUUAUUCACGAGUUCGGACACGCUAUUGGAUUCUAUCACGAACAGAGCAGAUCAGAUAGAGAUCAAUACUUGAUGAUUUACCUCAAUAAUGUUCACCAAAGUAUGCGUGGUCAAUUCUUCAAGCUGUCUCCAAACCAGAAUAUCUUGUACAAUGCUUUUGACUACAACUCCAUUAUGAUCUAUGGUAACAAAUCUUUCUCCAGCAACGGACAAGAUACCAUGAGAGCCAAAAACGGACAGAAGUUGCUUGAUCCAUUCAACAAGAGAGGCAUGACUAGAGCUGAUAUUGAGCGUGUGAGGAAAAUGUACAACUGCCGUUAAUUUAAAAUUUGGUUUUAAAAGCAAUAAUCAAUAUGUAUUUGCCGCUGUAAAUGUUGUGUUUACGCUAAAAAUAAAGUUUUGAAGUUUAAAAUGUU